UUUCCGAUAGAUGGCGCCCCACGUUGAUUUGUCAUUGUGUUUGAGUUAAAAUGUAAACAAACGAUUUUCUCGCGCCGAAAAUCCUCCACCAGUUCGAAUAUGCAAGAAAACGAGUCAAAUAAUUCCCCCCCGUCAAAAAUGGCAAAAUUUCGCCCGAAACUAACGCCAAAAAUGUGGAAGCGUGAGGAAGUACUGCUGUUGCUCGACAUCUACGAAGCAACUGUUCUUCAAUCAAUCAACGAAACUGAUGAUGAGCUGUGGAGUAUCGUAUCGGAAAAGCUUAGCGAACAAGAAAUACAAGCAUCACCGGCACACUGCAAAAGCAAGUGGAACUUAUUGCACAAGGCAUACCUUGCCAAUCCCGACAGUCAGGGGGCUUUCUUUCGGAGAGUGAAGCAAAUUGUAGAAGCUGCUUCAAAAAUGGAACAAUUCAUCGAAGAAGAAGAAACAGACCCGAUAAAGGAAGAAAGGCUUGAACCACUUAUCGAAGAAGAACUGGAUGGGUCGGAAAUUGUCAUCGAAGAGUCAGAGAUACACCCAGAAUCGUUUAUCGUGGAACGGAUAACGGAAUCACCGGUGACGGGUGAAACUGCUGAAGGUUUUGGCGAACUGAUCGUAAGACUAUGUUGCAAGAUAGAUACGCUUACCGAGAUCCAGCAUCGGCAAGAGGCACGCUUAGAGGAGGUUUACAAAAUGCAAAGGGCGAAUCGUGACCAUUUAUUGGAAAUAAAGAAGCAUCUUAAGAUAGGUUAAAAUAAUACGUUGUGAACGUAACGGCUAACAUUAACAUCA